AUGUACCCCUCUUUCGUAUUCUGCCUUGCGCAGCGCGUGAAUCAGAGAGAGCAUACUCGCGGGUUGUAUAUUUUGACUGCAACUGAUCUGUUUAAUAAAUUUCAGAACACAAAAAAUGUACAGCUUUCCUACGAGAAGCAUUUUCUAUGCGCAAAAAUACUGAACCUUUUUAAGGCUGCUAGAGUCUGCCCGAUAUUUUUUCCUAACGCGAUGGGCUACGCAAAAUUAGCGGGCGUGGUGGAGCCGAUGGCGUCCCAGAUUGGUCUCAUGGAGUAUAUCAUGACAGUUGCAAGUCGGCUUUACUUUUCUCAUUUUUAUCGCCUCGUGUACUCUUUCAUGAUUGCCUUCAGUGUCGUAUGCGUCGCCUGGACCUCAAUAAACCAUUGGAAAAUUCCGUCAUCAAUGAUGUUCAUCUCACUUGAGAUCACUGUCAGUACACUGCUAGUGCUCGAGGUGCUGUUGCGGAUGAUGGCAUUCAAAAAGCGCUUCUGGCAGAAAUGGUGCAACAUUUUUGACAUCGUCGCUUUGGUAAUGAGCUUAGUGUCGGUGGCUAUGUAUUUUAAUGAGGAAGGCGUUUUGGGUGAGCUGGAAGCAGUCGCCGCAGAUUCAGUGCUGGCGCUGCGCAAUGCAGUGCAAUACGUUCGGCUGGCGCUUUUUCUAAAAAAUCGAUCUGAUCGGCCAACGACAAUCGGAAAAGACAUAAACUUCGAAAACAUAAGUGCGGAUCCAGAUGGUGAGCGUGAAAUGAUGCUCAAUGCUGAAAGUGGAAUACGCUUGGACAGCGACGACGAGGAAAAUUUUCAGGCUGUAUAG